GGGUAUUGUUACAAAUAGUGAAUAUUGCAACAUCUUCCGCAAGCUAGUAUAAUCGUAAACUAAAGACGAAACUUCUUCUUACAUUCUGUUAGUUCAACUGCCUGCCAUACUUCAGAGCCUCUUCAACAAAAGUUGUUCGAUAAGAAAUUACACACACGAUUUUUCUAUCUUGUAUCUCUGAGUAUCGUUGCAAAUAUGAGCUGGUUCGGCCUCAGCAAACCAUCCGCCGCAGCGGAACCCGACGAGCCAAAGGCCGUCCGAGCUCUGCCCGCGAUAUGGUACCGCUCUCCAGCCAUGUACGAGCUAGAGAGGCGAGCAAUCUUCUCUAAGCGGUGGAUGCUCGUCUCUCACAAGGCGCGCUUCGUCGAGGCAGGCGACUUUGUGCAGGUCACCGAGGCGGGCUUCAAUUUCUUCCUCGUCAAGGACCGCAAGGGCGAGAUCAGGGGCCACCAUAACAUUUGCCGGCACCGCGCGUACCCCCUGGUGGAGAAAGACAGCGGACAUAUGAGCGUGCUUGCUUGCAAUUAUCACGCAUGGUCGUAUGGUUUCGACGGGAAGCUGGCCAAGGCGCCCAAGUACCAGGAGCUGCCGUCGUUCGACAAGAGCAAGAACAGUCUGUUCAAAGUUCACGUACACGUGGAUCAGCUCGGCUUCGUCUGGGUGAAUCUCGACGGCGCAGAGAAGCCAUCGGUGCCGUGGGAGGAGUUCUUCGCCGAGGUUGACACGCAGCCACGGUUGGAGGGGUUCAACCUGGAUAAUUACCACUUUGAUCACACGUGGGAAAUGCUCGGUGAUUAUAACUGGAAGACUCUUGCGGACAAUUACAAUGAGUGCUAUCAUUGCCAGACUGGUCACCCUGCUGUGGCUGCUACCACUGACUUGACGAGAUACUGGGUCGAGACUCAGGGAAACUGGAUCCAGCACUGGAACGUUGACAAAGAGACUGUUCCUGGUCUGGGGAUUCACAGCUGCUAUCUCUACCCAAACGCAUCUAUGACCGUGACACCAGACUUCAUGUACAUCCAACGCUGCGUGCCCGUCUCAUCAACCCAAUCCAAAAUGGAAUAUGAAGUCUACCGCCACAACACAGCCACCGACGAAGCCUUCAACUUCAUCUCGGACUUCUUCAAGCAGGUCCUUCGCGAAGACAAGGAUCUCUGCAACGGUGCACAAAAGAACUUGAAUGCGGGCGUCUUCAUGAACGGAGAGCUGCACCCGCGCGUGGAAAAGGGGCCGCUCUUCUUCCAGGAGAUUACGCGCAACCUGGUGAUGCGGCACAAGGAGCGAGAAGACAAGGAGGGCGGCGAAAUUUGGCCGGCGACGCCGAAGCACGAUGUUUCUGAUAAGACGGGGGAGGAUGUGUCGUUUUGUCGGAGUCUUGAUUGUGGGGCUGGGCAGGGGCAGAUUGAGGGGUUGGCUUGGUGAGUCUGGUGAUAAUGGAUGGUGACAGUAGAGGCCGAAUUGUAGACUAGCGUUUCGUUUGCUGUUGAGUACUUUAUGAGUUUGUUCAAAGCCUUGAUUAUGGGUUCGCAAGGAUACAAAUUGAUUAGCGACUUUUCUGAUGUGUUGAUUAAUCCCGAUUCUUCUCGAUCCGUGGUGAUAACUUGAUGCUGGGCAGGUAUCUCGUUUCUUACCUGUAGGUAGCCUUCGG